GGAGAAACCGAUGUGAGUGAUUUCAAGAAUCGGCUGGAACACUCGUGCCAUUCAGAGCGACGGGGUGGUGGGGUGCGCAUAGAGAACAACCAGCCUCUGCCGGUUAAAGAAAACGAGAGCUCGUACCAAACCACCGACUGCGGUGAGAGCCAGCGCACCUGUGACAGCCUGUCGCAAAAUGCCAUAGAUAUGAGUGAUCCCUCUGAGACAAAUCCAUCCUCGAAGCUACUAGAUCCGCCACCUCUGCCACUAGCGAUCGAGGCCAAAUACGAGAGAGACCAGUCACCGCCACACUCUCAAAGGGUGGGCGGGCCGUGUGUAAUGUCUGCCAACGCACCAGAAUUGGUAGCAAAGGCGAACACGGAAGCCAUCACCAGACAGGACACGCUACAGGCACAGCAUAGGCAUCAGCCUGUGAGUGGGGGGGUUGUAUUGCCCGUAAGUGCUCCCGUACCGGCAGUAGCUGUGAAGGCCGAGGUGACGACCCGGCGAGACAUGCUACACAGUACCCUUGCGCCUGUGCGUAGUGGGUUUGUGGGGCCAGGAGGUGAACCAGGAUUGGUAGUAAAGGCGAUUGCUGAAGCGCGGGUCAAACAUGAGCCCGUUGCACACACACCAACUGCCUCUGGUCCAACGCUUGGCGUUAAGGAGUACCCGCGAGAGACUUCAGACAAUCCACGCGAUGAGCGUCAGCUGGGAACGUCUGACAGACCUGAUAAAACAAGACCACACCGAGAAACAAACGCCACCGUGCAGCUCAAUACUACGCAAACCAUCACAGACAGACCUGAUAAAACAAGACCACAACGAGAAAAAAAUGCCACAGUACAGCAUAAUACUACGCAAACCAUCACAGACAGACCUGAUAAAACAAGACCACAACGAGAAACAAAUGCCACCGUACAGCUCAAUACUACGCAUAUCAUCAAAGGCAACGCCGCAGUGGAUGAGGAGGUUGGUGUCAAGUGCGAGCCUGUGGAGUCGGAGACAAGCCACCCGUUCCGUUUGCAACAAGUAGUCACCGAACACCCGGUACCAUUGGUAUCGUCUGAUAUCACCCAGUUGAGUACAGGUGUGGGUGUUGGGGUGCAUGGGAUGGCCACUGCUCAGAUGGGCUUGCAUGCUGCGCACACUCUCGCUGUUCAGGCUCACAGCCGGGAAGAUCGGGAAAGCAUGGAGACUGACUCGGGCACUGUGGGGAAAGACGGGGCGACCGUGUGCGUUCUGGGAAAAGAAGGCGACCCACACAUCAAUACGGAAGGUGUAGGUAGGUAUAAGGCAGGUAGCAUAGAGAGAUCUGGUGAUUCGGAUGGUCUGCGGAUGGCCACGUGUGAUUGGCAACAUGGUGUGCAUGCAGCCGGUGCCCACAGAGAUACAGUGCCCCCGGCUGUGGUUCGUAGUCAGUCUACAGUACGUAGCAUAGCAACUGUAGACGUUGGCACAGACACCCAUACAACCAGGCAUGGACAAAUAGGGGAGUGUGCACGUGCGAGAGACGCUUGUGCUGCCCCCACAGUCACUGCUCAUAACCAAAUGCAUGGUCCAGUACACAGUCAACCCUGUCAGGUAGCGUCCGAUAAACCGGGACGUACCGCUUUCAACCAAAUCAAGAGCCAACCAGCCGACGAGUGUCUCGGGCGAGCCCUUCCACCGCGUGCUGAGGCUAGUCCUCUGACUAUGAAACCUUUUGUCAAGGCUCCCAUGCAUAGUUCAGGCACACUGGCGCCCCCCGACAGCCACCAGAGCGUACCUACUGACACACACCGCACUGUACGAUUGUGUGGCGAGGGAGAGGCGACCGUUCUCGGCGCUACAGCAGCCGAGGCAGUGCGUGUGCCACACUCACCGGACACGCACACGCUGGGCGGUGUAAGGGUGGACAAUGUCGGGGAGAGUGGGGGGUUAGUAAGGAGGAGGAGGUCGGCUGAACGACCACUCCGUGAAGACGUUGGUGGAGCGCUCACAGUGUGCGCUACUACACAGAGCCGCACGUGCGCAGAGGGGCCGUGUGUGGACACGGUGGGUGCCUGUGCUGGUGCAGGGCGGGGCUUGCACCGAACACGCACGCAGACACAGGCUGCUGGGUUAUAUGGGAGGAUAUCGGCUGCUGUUGGGAGAGGUAGUGUGUGCGUGUGUGUGUGUGCGGGUGUGUGCAGGUGUCGUCCAGGCUGUGCAUGCAAGACACUGUGUGGGGCGAGUGUGCCGUUGGGGACCUUCCGUUCGCAUGCCUUACUUGCUACCAGGAGCGAAGGGGCUAUACAGCGCAGCACCCACACACAGAGCAAGUCAACUACCGGAGACUCUAUUCUAUCUGCAUAUACCCGCUGUGAUAGCCUUGGAGAAGGACAACGCACCCUGAAAAGUCCUGUAGGGGGCAGGCCUAGGGCACCUGUGCACGCGGGUGGGGCCUGUUUGAGAAGGCGGUCGGGAACUCGUACACCCACGCCUGUCCAGACAUCUCUGACAGACACACAGCCAAACACACUCGUGCAUGCGUCGUCAUUGCCACACGCACCCAGAAGCACCAGCACGCGUACGGUUUUAUCGCCACAUAUGCACAUACAAACGAACACGCAUAUAGGUUCAUCUGUGCAUACACGCAACGACACAAACACGCGUGCGGGCACACCCUCUGUCUCUGGACCACGUACUGGCGCACACAGAGACAGAGCAGCUGGCACCCAUCUGACGACAGCUAGUGGUGCAGAAACGGGCAGCGUGUCACAUACGACACCAAAGCGUAGGAUUCUGAAAGCGCACCCCAUGCAUGGGAGCACUUGUGGGUCUGCUCAUGACGUGAAGUGGCGAUCGCCACGUGUCUGCAUGUCAAAAGAGAACUUUCCCAUCGCACAAGCCGGUAGUAUGUUGAGGAAACGGCGGUAUUUGCCGUUGUUAAUAGCUCAGGAGGACGCCUGUAUAGCAGGGUCAAAGACACCUACCGAUACAAACUUUUGCAACAGCACAUCUGGGGUGUGCGCAGCCAGAACUGGCACUGCGACGCAGGCGAAACACUCCCCGCGAAAACGGUUCGGGGGCACUCGUAGGGUAGAGCCUAGUACAGGCGAGAGGAAGCCACUGUGUGGUAUUGCCACAGUUGGUGUGGCGGAAAAGUAUGGAUGCAAAGAUCCGGGUAUCGGAACAAAUCACGGCGCAAAAGAAGUUUUAAGGUCAGAUAUUUUGGGCUCGAAGUCCGACCGCAAGCCAUAUGCACGCGUACUCAGUGUUAGAGAAACGAAGUCAUGUGCAAAUCUGGAUACUGCACACCAGAACCCGGGUCCGGAAAUAUCCGAAAACAGAGUGGAUACGACGUGUGACAUAGAGAAAAUGGGACAUGUGGGUGACACCCAUAGGAAGGCCACGAAAGCACACGUACCAUGGAACUUGUCUGCAAGUGAAGGCGCAGGACCAACCGGGGCGGUGUCUGCCCCAGCAGCUUGUGUGGUGAACGAUAUGUAUGGCAGAGAAACGCCAUCAGCAUAUACUACCAACUGUCUCGAUGGGAAUAGCGCACCCACUAGUAGUCUGGCCAGUAGCCCUGGAGAGCCCAAGAGCCUAUCCGAGUGUGUAGAGAUGUGUAGCAGUACUAGCCCUGCAGCACUACGCACAGACACCACCACCACGACUGGCAAGUCUCUCAGUCGCAGUGCGGUACCUGGCGAUGCAGCGUCAAGUGUCCGCAAACACGGACGAACAACCCCGGACCGUGCCAUACGACCGGAGUCGGAUAUCAGACACACGCAAUGUGACGAGUCAGGCGCUCGGAAACGCCAGCGACUCUCGCUAGAGGGAGAUGUAGGUAGCAGUCCCCUUCGAACCUUAGAGAGCACGCAUGGGGCUACGCUGCAGCAAGGUAGUACUGGUGAGCAAGGUAGUACUGGUGAGCAAGGCAGUGCCACGGCUGGUACUGUGGCCUGUGGUGGUACGGGUGGCCAUCCCACGAUCACUCGUACCAACACCACUGGUGGUACGACGAACAAGUGCACGCCUGUCAGUCACAGCGGAGGCUUUAGUGCAACUGACCCCAUAAGGUCUGUCACUCUGGACACGGUAGCAUCACCUAACCCCAACCCUAACCCCAACCGAAACCCUAACCCCGCUCAGCAGCAGAAUGUCUCUGCGAAUACAUCCGGCAUACAGACCCACCCCCCCGGCGCACACCCAUCACAGUCACAGCCACAGUCACAGUCACAGUCACAGUCACAGUGUGCCAUAGACCUGCGCAUGGCUACACAUCCGCUGGCGAGUGCACAACACGACGAAGCUCUGGCGCGAUCGUCGUCGCAUAUUCUACGACUUAUAACCAGCCAACCACUGCCGAAUCUGUCCCUAACCCCUCAGUCGUCUGUGGAGUUGCCCACCGCUUACUGA